AGUGAAGAAAACCCUAAGAAAAGAGACAAAAACUCAAAGAAAAAUGGAUACCCAUUCUCCCAAAAACGGCUCCAAGUCGAGCUCCAGCGGCAGCUCGGCGGCCAGCUCCUCGAUGGAUCUGGGCAGCGGCAAGCAGCGCCACCAGCGCGGCCAGAAGAAGCUCUCCCGCAGCAGGAGUCUGCUGCAGUUGCUCAGCAGGCACCUGGGCAAGCAUUUCCACCACCACUCGCACCAUCCGCAGCACGAGACGGUCUACAGCAGCCAGGACGACAUCCGCAGCAGCUCCACGGACUCCUUCAGCCUGAGCUACGAGCGCGGCUCCCACGAGUGCAGCGGCGGCAUGUCCACGAAUCUGAAUAUGAACAUGAACAUGAACAUGAACGGGGGCUCCAGCCAGGACCUGGAUCAGGAUCACGAUCAGGAGCACACCUCGAGGGCCUCUCCGGUGUCGGGAUACUCGCGGUACUCGCCCACGGGCCUCGACUACUACGACAACCAGGGGCACAUCUACGUGGAAGCCGUCUUCCGACCGGGCAGCGCCCUGGAGCAGCUGCAUCCCCAGAUGCAUCCCCACUACGACGAGGACUGCAGCGAGGGCAGCAACAGCAGCAGCAGCAGCAACGAGGGAGAGGGUGAUGGCGACAACGACAACGACAACGACGGCGACAAUGAGCGAGAGGAUGAGAACGAGAACGAGAACGAUAAUGAGAACGAUAAUGAGAAUGAGAGCAGGAAGCCGAGAUCCGCUUCGGCGGCAUCCGCUUCCGCUUCCAAAUCGCACGGACUCCAUCUCAGCCGGAUCUCGAUUUCGUCGUCGGUCAGCCGGAUGCUCCAGCACUUCUCCAGCUCGGCGGCCACCACCGCCAACGCCUCGCUGCGCUCCCUCUCCUGCAGCAGCACGCCCCUGCACCGACAGCUGAAGAAGAAGUCCCUGUCGCCCCACAACUCCAACAGCAGCAGCAGCAGCAGCAGCCACUCCAGCAACAGCCGCUCUGGCUCCUCCUCGAAGAAGGACAAGAAGCAGCAGAGCAUCCUGCGGCCACCAGUGCAGUAUGUGCACAUGAAGGGCAUGUCGGGGCUCUACUCGAGGGUUCCCAGCUAUGCGGUCUGCUGUCCCUACACCCUCCAUCACAUGUACUAAGAGAACCACACGAACUGGGAGAAGUGACCAGUGGAUGAAGCUGCAAGGAGUGGAAACGGGACUGGAUCUGGACCUGGGGAGAGAUACUUUAGCUCUCUUCGGAUCCAAGUGAUGUACGAGUAGUGCCUAAAAGCCUAAAGCCCAAAGCCUAAAGCCCAAAGCCUAAAGCAAGGGAUUGGAAGGAUUGCAAACACGAAACGUGACGGGGAUUCUUCAGAGAUUCGUCGGGGAGCAGCA